AUGUCCUUAAAGCUGGAGUUUAUAAACAUUCUAAACUUCAAGAGUUUCAAAGGUUUACACACCAUUUCAGCUUUGGAUAAUCACUUCACGGCUAUUGUUGGGCCGAAUGGGAGUGGAAAGAGCAACAUUAUCGACAGCAUUCUCUUUGUUCUAGGAUUUAAAGCCAAGAAAAUGAGGCAUGCAAUACUAAAAGACUUAAUUACCACUGGAUGCUCUGAAUGCUGUGUCGAGCUUGUUUUCAAUAGCUUUAAACUGUCUAGAUCUCUCAAGGGACGAAUAGAUGAUGCUGGUACUGUUAGGACUGUUGUAAGUAAGUAUGAGUUGAAUGGAAGCGAAAUAUCAGCAUCUGAGUCGAUUGAGUUUCUAAAGACUAAUGGCAUUGAUCUUGACAAUAACAGGUUCCUUAUUCUUCAGGGAGAGAUUGAAACAAUUGCUAUGAUGAGCCCCAUAGACCUUCUUGAAUAUAUUGAAGAUUGCAUCGGGACAUCAGACUAUAAACCAAGAAUUGAAACCCUCGAAAAUGAUAUAAAGACACGCCAGGAAGAGUUAGAUUCUGCCAUGAGUAAUUUAAAAUUUGUUGAAACUGAUUAUUUAUUCAAAAAAGGAAGAAGAGACGAGAAGGCCAAUUUAUUGAUGUUUAGGAAUGAAUCAUUGGUUAUGAAAAACAGGAUCGUGCUAGUUAAGCAGGCACUUGCUGAGCGAAAAGAAGUGGGCUUAUUAGAUGAAAGAGCUAUUAUUGAGACUAAGCUAUUAAAAUUAGCAGAGAAACAUGAAAUGGCCAGUAAAAGUGUGAAAAGGCUGGAAGUUGAAGCAUCUAAAUUAAAUUUGAAGCACAAAGAGGAUGGGCUAGUUCGAUACAGAAAUGAACAUAACCGAAUUGAGAGAGAAAAUAGAUCAAAGGAUCAGAAAAAAAAGAGAAUCGAAAAAAACUUGGAUAAGACUUUCAAGGAUAUUGAAGAUAGCAAACAAAGUAUUAAAAGCUGGGAAAAGGAAUCCAUUAUUUUAAGGAAGAGCUAUGAAGAUAACUGCAAAGAAAUCGAAAUAUUUGAAGAAGAAAUUAGGAGUAAAAGUAAGGAAUUUGAUCAAUACAGCGAGGUUGAGCAGACAAACUUUAGAAAAAAUCAGAUUGAAAAAACACUGCUCAGAUUGAUUGAAAGAAAGGAUGGCUUUAAUGUUGAAAUCACUGGAAUAAAUGCGUUAAAAGAGAAGGUUAAAUCAAUACAGCAGAAUAUUGGCAAGAUUGGCGCAAUCAAGAAUAUUUCAAAUGAAAAAGUUGCUCUUGAAAAUGAAAUUUCCAACAUUAAAAGCGACAUUUCAGCAACAUUGCAUGAAAUUAACCGUAGAAAGCACAGGGCAGAAGAGUUUGAAUAUCUUGAGCAGGGAUACAAAAGAGAACAAGAAGUAUCUGAAAAUCUCAAGAAUGUUCCAGGAGUAUUUGGCGUCUUGAAAAGCCUAGGCACAUUUGAAAAAAAGUAUGAAGAUGCAAUUGAAGCGUCUACUAAGUCAUUGAAUAGCAUUGUUGUGGAUAAAACUAGUACUGCAGAGGAGUGCAUUAAUAUUAUCAAUAGAAAGAAACUUAAUAGAACCACCUUUAUCAUUUUAGAUAAGCUGCCAGAACCUAAAGCAGAAAAUUUGCCUAGCAAUAUUAAGGCCGAAUUGCUUUAUAAGAGAAUCAAGACAGAUGGAAGAUUUAUAAAAUGUUUUACUUUGCUAUUAAGGAUACCCUGUGUGUUGAAGCUUAGAAGAUGCAAGGACACUAGCUUUUGGAAAAGUAAGAAGGCGAGUAGUUACAUUAGAUGGAAAGCUUCUUGA